CACGUUUUUACUGCUUAAUGCUGUCCUUUCAUGUGGGCUCUUGAGUAAUUUUUUACUUUCAGUUGUAUUAAUGUCAUGCAAUCUAGCUUUCAAAAUUUGAUUCUUUGGUGGAAUCAGGUCUCUCAAAUUGGUUAUAAUCUUCAUAUAGGGAAUAAUAGUUUCUAAUGAAGACAAUCUUUAAAUCUGAAUUAAUUCCUCUGAUGGUGUGGAUACUUAAAUGGGGGGGCCUAGUCCAUCUUGUGAUAUUACAUACUGAGAUUGGACAGCUGCUGAUGUAAAAUACCAAGAAGCCAGUGUGUGUGUGUUGAGUGAGGAUGGUGUCCUUCAGACCUUGGGCAGGUCUGGAGCCCAUGAUCAAAAAAUAUCUACAGAAUGCAGAGGUUUCCUCAGGGGGAUGGAUAGUCACGAACAUACACCUUGUGUAAGUGAAUUACCAGCUGUGGUUGCCAGAAGAAGGCAUUUAGGUUAUAUACAUUAAGUAUCAGAGAGGAAAACCAAUAUUUUCUAAAUAUGCAAACUCUACCAGUGGUUUGGUGUUGUAAGUAGAGAACUCAAGUCUGAGGUGUCUCUGUGUGGCUUCUGCUUUCUCCAAGUUACAGCACGAGAUGAAGCAAGAUGGAACAGCUUAGCAUGCUUUGCUUAACUGGGUACAAACAUGUUCCACUUGAUCUGGAACAAUUAAAGUGUAGAGCCCUGACCACAAACUGCUGUGAGCAGGCACCGGGUGGCUCAUCUGGAAACCCAAAGUGUCAAACAGCACUGGGUGCUGCAGGAGACAUCGCUGUGGUUUGUGAGAGCUCAAAGAUAAUGUGUCCCCAGAGCUUGUCUAGAGAAAAUGCUUUAGUUUAGAAAAGGGUGCUGAAAUGAAUCUUUCUUAUUAUCCCUUCUCUAAUAUAAGGAUAGUAAUUUUGAAAGAAGUUUCCAAGGAGCUUUCUGUUGCCUUGCUACUGUCUCACAUUGGACACAUGGCCUGGGAGCUGCAACUGGUCUCACCUGUGCUGCUUUCCAGUGGCAUCACCCAGUAACUCCCUCAUCAGCAGUACAGCUUUUGAUGUGGUCAGAGCCUACAUCCAGCUGCCAGGCCCUCCACAAGCUUGCAGCAAACAAGAAUCCCUGUCUAUUUCUUUUCUCCCAGAAAAAUAACUUAAAGCAGCUGUUUCGACUCCUUGGAUUCUCUCCCACCUCGGGACAGAGCCCUGUACCUCUUUUGCUGAAUUCAGGGCUGUUGUCUGCUUGUUGGGAUCACGGUGAAGGAGAGGACAAAGCCCCUUGCUCACUGGAAGAGGGACAUAUUAAGCACUGCAGCACCAGUCCUGAGCUGUUAGCAAUGGAUUUUGAAACCUGCUCAAGUCAAGGAGAGCAGUCACUGAGGAAAUGAAAAGUAUCAACCUCAUUUGGGAAACCAAACUGUUAAAAAAGCACGUAAUAAAGAACAGACCCAAAGAUGUCAGCACCAACUGCAAAGGCUGGUGGGAUGGUGUCUGUGACCGUGUUCUGUGACUCAGGAUCCAUGCCCUGUGAAGCAGCCAAGGAAAAGGUCGGAUGCAAAACGGACAGUGGGAUGCAGGCGUACAAAGGCAGAGCUGGGUGCUCCCCCAGGGCUCAGGCUGGGACAACCCCUGCGGCUUUUGGCUGCCAUAUGGAGGACCACACCAAGCGUGUCCAGCCCAUCCCGCUCCCGGCCAUGCAGCAGAACUUGAACUACACGUACCCCCAGAUUUUUUGGGUGGACGGCUGUGCUGAAGCAAGUACUUCCUGCCCCUCGGCACCCCCUGUUGCUCCUUUCCCACCACCAGUACCGGACCGGAGGAAAAAGCCAGGGAAAAACAGGGAAAGGAGGGGCUUCGACUUCCUGGUGAUCUACUUGCUGCUCCUGCUGGCCUUCGCUGGAGUGGGGCUGAGCAUGUUUCGGAUUUUUCAACUGGAGAAAGAACUGGCUGAACUCAGAGAGUCUGCCAGCGCUGAACACAUCCCUCCAGCUCUGGAGAAACUCAUAGGGCAGAAGGAGUCAAUGAAAAAAGAAGAAAGAAAGGCAGCACACUUAACAGGCAGCCCAUCCCAGCAGGGCCUCCCUCUAGAGUGGGAGCCCAUCUCUGGCCAUGCCUACACCAGUGACAUUCAGUACCGCGACCGGGGGCUUGUCAUCAAUGAGACCGGGCUGUACUUUGUGUACUCCAACGUGCUGUUCCGGGGCAAUGUCUGCGAUAACCAGGUGCUCACACACAUUGUCUACAAGAGAAACCCGAGCUCCCCGGGCAGCUACGUGCUGAUGGAGGACAAAGGCAUCAACUACUGCACGGGCCACAGGACGUGGGCCCGGAAAAGCAACCUGGGGGCUCUGUUCAGUCUCAGGAAGAUGGACAGCGUGCACGUCAACGUCUCCAAAAUCGCUCUGGUUAAUUUUGAGGAAUCCAAGACUUUCUUUGGCUUGUUUAAGCUUUGAAAUGGAGUGUGGCCAGCAGCCCCCCUCACACACAGACUAGGAUGUGAGGGCUGCCUGAGUGCAGUGGCCAAACCAGGGUCACACACCACGAAACUCACCAAGAAACCAUGUUUUGGCCUUCAGUGUGAGAGGGUUCAAGCCACUGGCAAAGGCUUGAAAGCAGACACCUGGGAAGCACCAGAGCUGUACUGUGUCAACCUGAAGAUAAUUGCACAUGUUCUCCUUACCAAGAAACCCCCAACAAACUCAAAAUGCAAUGUGCUGAAGACCCCAUUGAAACUCACUACUUGCUACCUGAGAAGAGGCUGGGCCCUGCAGCCCCACAUGGUGCCAUGGCCCUGGUGAGCUUGGGCCAGCAGGGACAGCUGGUGGGCAUUAUGAAGGUCCCUUGAGCCAGGACUGCAAGUGCCUGGGUUGUGCCACACUGCAGGGAGUGGUGUGGGAAUGGGCAGUGCCAACAACUGCUCACCCCGGGCCAUGGGUGCCCACCCUGCCUGGGCACAGGGCUCUGUGCCUGCUGUCUGACAGGCACCUGCCUGCAAGCUGGGCUGUUACACUUGGUAUGUUCAUUUUGUGUUUAGUUAUCGAACUGUUCCCAUCCCAGAAAAUGCUCCUCAACCCCUUUAUUUAACUCAUCCCAACUGCCUUGCAAGGAACAUGCCAGAAGUAGUGGUGGCAUGAAGGGGGUCCUCACCCUGGAGUGGAACCAUGACCACCCUGUGGGGAUGGGGCUGGUGGGGAGGCCAUGUGCUGACAGGAUCUGAACAGCAGGGCAGUGAGACUUAAAGUGAAAGCAGCAUUUCCAACCCCCCCUCCUGCCCUUUCAGUAUGUGAGGAUCCUCUG